AUGCGCGGUUAAGAUCGAUAAUAUAUCAAAAUGGCCGACCUCAACAAAGAAUUGAAUGAAUAUCUUCUCGGUAACAAAAAUGAGAAACAAUUUAAAAUAUCUGUACCCUCCGUAACGUUACCAAAGCCGAACAUUGGAAAAUGGUUUGGAAGAAAUGCAGAUGAAACGAAGGAAGAAACAGGAUGGAUUCAAGGAACACAAAGGGAAUGUUGUCCUAGUAUGACGAGAAUGCAAAGGCUGAUGACUUUUGCCUUUUGCCUUUUUAUGGGAUUAUUGUGCUUUAGUUUAUCGGGCAUGUAUAUUCCUUUUCUUCUUACUAAAGCAAGAAAAUUUGCUUUAUUAUAUAGUGUAGGAAGUUCAUUCUUUUUAUUAAGUUUCUGCUUUUUGUGGGGUCCAAUAAAUUAUAUAAAAUCUCUUUUCACAGCUGAAAGAAGUUGUUUUACUAUAUCUUAUUUUGCAACAUUAAUAGGCACAUUGUAUUUCGCCCUCUAUUUACAAUCGACACCAUUGACAAUACUUUGUGCUGGUUUACAGUUAGUUGGUAUGUUAACAUUCGGUUUAUUACGUCUUCCAGGUGGACUUACAGUCCUAACAUUUUUUACCAGAAAUUUGAAAUCAUCUGUAAAUUCUUCUUUACCUGUAUGAUAUUAUUAUAUUUUAGAUAUCAAGAACUACUUAUUUAUAAUAUAAAGAAAUUUUUCUCUACAA